AUGAUCAACAUGUCCAGGCUAGCUGGCUACAGCAGGCAGGAUAUUCGAAACAUCGUGCUACUACUAAAACAAGCAUAUCAGACCAGCAACCUCACCAUCAACUACCAGUCCCGACCCGUGGUGCUUUUCUUGGGAACCCUCAUUUCCACCUUUGGCUUGGGAGUGGUGUUCACCAUCCGCAGUGCCUUGAACAAGUACAAGGAGCAUGUCACCAACCGCCGUUUGAACAGGCCAAACUUGAUCAGACAGUCGUCUACCGUGCUCAAAAACGGCUCCAGAGAGAUCUUGAUCCCCAAGGGCAAAAACUCCUUCACAAGAAUCAUCAUUCCAAAGCCCAGUCUCGACCAGUAUGCUGCAGACAAGUACUUAUACAAGGACUUCGUCACCCAGCAGAAGUACCUGCAGAAAACCAUCUUCAACUCCAAGUUCUUGAAUCAGAUUGCCAUCAUCUGGAGAAUUUUAAUCCCUAAGUUCAACAACAAGAACACCUCUCUCUUACUUUCACAAUGCUUCUUCUUGAUCUUGAGAACCUGGUUGUCCUUGUUGGUGGCCAAGUUGGACGGUCAGCUUGUCAAGAACUUGAUUGGUGGUAACGGUAAGAAGUUUGCUAGAGAUUUGAUUUACUGGCUAUUGAUUGCCUUCCCUGCUUCUUAUACCAAUGCUGCCAUCAAGUAUUUGGAAAACAGACUUGCCUUGAGUUUUAGAACCAACUUGACAAGAUACAUCCAUGAUAUGUACCUCGAUAAUGUCAUGGCCUACUACAAGAUUUCCUUGAAUGGUAGUGAUAUCGAGAACAUCGAUCAAUACAUCACAAAUGAUGUUACUAGGUUCUGUGAGUCCAUUUGUGGAUUGUUCUCAAGCAUGGGUAAGCCUUUUGUGGAUUUGAUAUUUUUCUCGGUUUACUUGAGAGAUAACCUCGGAACUGGUGCCAUAGUGGGUAUCUUCACAAACUACUUCAUUACAGCAAUGUUGUUGAAGAAGGCAACACCUAAAUUUGGUAAACUCUCCUCCGAGAAAACUCACUUGGAAGGUCAGUAUUUCAACCAGCACCUUAACUUGAUGACCAACAGUGAAGAAAUUGGUUUCUACAAGGGUUCUGUUAUUGAAAAGACCAAAUUGAGUGAGAGUUUUGGCAGAUUGUAUAAACAUCUCGGUAAGGAGACUAACAUUUCCUUUUAUUACUCUGUCUUGGAAGAUUAUGUUUUGAAGUACACUUGGUCUGCUUGGGGAUAUAUCUUUGCUGGUUUGCCAGUCUUUUUAGAUGAGCUCUGGCCUGCUGACAAAAAAGACCAAUCUGAAAAGAGUAAGGAAGUUAACCAAAGACAGAAUAUGAGACAAUUUAUCAUCAACAAGAGAUUGAUGCUUUCUUUGGCAGAUGCUGGGUCUAGAUUAAUGUACUCCAUCAAGGAUGUUUCUGAAUUGACUGGUUAUACUGAGCGUGUUUUCAAUUUGUUGACCCAAUUGCACAAGGUUCAUUCUCCUAGAUUUGAUUUUGGAUCCGAAUUAGGAAUUAAAGACAUCCGUGGUACUAUUCAAAAGAACUAUCAAAACGGUAUUAGAUUCGAGCACAUUCCUGUGAUUAUUCCAUCGAAAGAAGGUUCGGAAAAUGAACCAUUGAUUAAGGAUUUGAGUUUCCUGGUUAGUCAUAACAAGAACUUGUUGAUUUUAGGAGCCAACGGAUGUGGUAAGACAUCGAUUGCUAGAAUCAUUGCUGGAUUAUGGCCAUUAUACCGUGGAUUGUUGUCUAAGCCAGACGAUGAUGACAUCUUCUACUUGCCUCAAAAGGCCUAUUUCACCACCGGUAACUUGCGUGAUCAAAUCAUCUACCCACACAGCUAUAGUGAUAUGCUUGAAAUGGGUUACAAUGAUGACUACUUGUACCAUAUCCUUCGUGAAGUAAAGUUGGAGUACUUGCUUAAGAGAGAAGGAAACUUCAAUGUUGUGAAGGACUGGAAAGAUGUGCUUAGUGGUGGUGAAAAGCAGAGAAUGAGUCUUGCUAGAGUUUUGUUCAAGAAGCCAAAGUUGGUUAUCUUGGAUGAAAGUACCAAUGCCGUUUCCACUGACGUGGAAGAUUAUUUAUUUGAGUUGUUGCAACGUAAAAGCAUUACUUUUAUCACGUUGUCCCACCGUCCAUUGUUAAUGAAGUACCACGACUAUAUCAUGGAAAUCGACCAAGAAGAGACCAAGUUCCACGAUUUGACGUCAGAGGAAAACUUGAAGUCCAUUGACAACGAGAUCAACGACAUCCAAGCCAAAUUGAGUCAAGUCGAAAAAUGGGAGAAGAGGCUUGCUGACAUCGAGCUUUACUUGGAUGGUAAGUAUGAUGAUAUCAAGGAGCCCCAGGUGGACAACAGCAAGAAGCCCAUGAUAGGUGUUUAG